AUCGUCGGCGGCACCGAAGUCCCCAUCGAAGCCCACCCCUACCAAAUCGCCCUCCUCUACGGCGGCGCCCGCACCUGCGGCGGCAGCAUCCUCAGCCCCGCGCACAUCAUCACCGCCGCGCACUGCGUCGCCAGCGCCACGCCCACCCGCCUCCGCAUCCGCGCCGGCUCCGCCCGCUGCGACGCCGGCGGAAUCCUCGUGAAUGUCUCCGCAAUCCACAUCCACCCCAACUACUCCGCCCCGACCGUCGACAACGACCUCGCCAUCUUAACCUUGUCCGAGAACCUGACGUACAGCCUCACGAUCGCGCCCGUGGGGUUGCCCGCCUUCGGGGCGGGCGUGCUCGCCUCCGGCACGGAGGUGGUGGUCUCGGGCUGGGGCGCCACCGGCGAGGGCGGCGCGAACUCCCCGACCCUGCGGGCUGUGACGGUCGCGGCCGUCGGGAGGGAGGAGUGUCGCGCUGGGUAUCGGGGGUUCGGCCCGGUGACCGCCAGUAUGUUCUGUGCGGGAACGCCCGCGGGCGGGAGGAAUGCUUGUGGCGGGGAUAGUGGGGGGCCUGCUGUUGUGGUUGCGGGCGGGACCGGGACCGGGACCGGGAGUGGGAACGACGGGCUUGGGGUUCUGGUGGGGGUGGUUUCGUGGGGGCAUGGCUGCGGGCGGAAGGGGUUUCCGGGGGUUUAUGCGAGCACAUCAUUUCUGAGGGGUUUUAUUGGUCGGGUUACUGGG